CGAGGCCAUUAGGGAGUGAUCAUGAUCAGCUUGGGGGUACUGAUAAUGAUAAUUAUAAUGAUGGAGACUUUGUGGCAACCCAAAAGGUCCACCACAAAAACGAUUGCAACUUUUGCAGCUAUGGAUGUGGUCAGUGCAAGGGAAACGGCGGACCUCCAUGA